AUGUCUACCCUUCCAGAAUCUGUUGUAAAAGAUGUUGAAACUAUGAUGUCUAAGUUUGAUAAAAACAAUGAUAGAGAACUUUCAUGGGAUGAAGUUGUUGAACGUUUAAAGGAAAAUAAAAACUGUAAAGAUCCAUACUUUGCUGCAUUUUCAAUGUUUACAGCUUUGGAUAAAAACCAAGAUAGAAAAAUUUCUCUAACUGAAGUCCAAAAUCACAAAUUGGAAACCUAUGCCAAAAAAUGUGAAAACAUUAUUAAAAAAGACAUUAAAAACGUAUUAAAAGAAUACGAUGGAAACAAAGAUGGCAAAAUCACUUGGGAUGAAGUUUGUGAUGUCUUCAGAAAAGACCCAGACGUCGGUGAAGAAGGUUGUGAAAACAGUACCAGAUAUCUUUUCGGUUCAAUGGAUAAAAACAAUGACAAAGUCAUCACUAAAGAUGAACUAAGAGCUUUCUCUAUGAGAUUCAACAAUCUUUACCCAUCUCAAUAA